GCCCUCCUCACGCUGAAGCCAGUGGUUUAUUCCUGUUCGAAGAGCUGUGGAUUAGCUCGCCGGAAAGGAACAGCCUCCUUUAGGUCAAUCGGGCUGGAUUUUCACACCGUUAGCCGUUUCACGGAUGAUUUGACGUUAUUUAAAGUUGUAUUUUUCGGACGUACUCGUGGUAACUCCGAUGGUAGUGUGGAGCGACGGUGUAAUCGACCUGCUGUUGCUGGCUUGUCUGUCUUGCUAAGACCGGACUUUCUUGGCAUUUGGUCAGCCACUUUAGCCUGCUCAGCUAGCCAGCUCCUUCCUUACUGCCACAGAUAAGUCCCACCCUCACCAAGUGCGUGGACGUUGGGGCUGCAGCAGCGAACGAAGUCAAGUAUUUCCCCCCUCCCCUCUGAACUUAGCCAGCAUCCUUGUACACCUGGCUGGCAACGAAGAACAGCAACUCGUUGGUUAGCGAAGUUGGGUGACGCUAAUUACACUCACUGGCAAAGAAGAGGCGAAACGAGCGAAUAAGGAAGACGCCGAGAAGGAGGCGACUGGCUAGUUUAGCCGGUGAGACAGAAUUGCACAUAUAUACACUUUACCAACGAGCCGCACACAGCCAUGGCCAUGGAAUUUCAGAUACCAAAGGGGUUGACAGAAUUGCUCCAGGGCUACACUGUGGAGGUCCUGCGACAAAGGCCGUCUGACCUGGUGGAUUUUGCAGUACAGUACUUCACCCGUUUGCGAGACUCCAGAAGUCAAGAUGGGUCCAGCCCGGGUGGCAAGCCAGGAAAGGGAGUAAUGUUUGAUGGGGAGCCAAUGCAAACAGAAUCCAAUGGAGAAGAUGAUGAAGAUGACGAUUCUGACUUUGAGCCUCCGCCACCCAGCAGAUUCAACAGAAGAGUGUCGGUCUGUGCCGAGACGAUCAAUCCAGACGAGGAUGACGAAGACACUGAGCCCAGAGUGGUUCACCCAAAAACAGAUGAACAGCGCUGCAGACUGCAGGAGGCCUGCCGAGACAUCCUUCUCUUCAAAACACUAGAUCAAGAGCAGUUCUCACAGGUGCUGGACGCCAUGUUUGAGUCAAAGGUUCAGCCCCAGGAGCAUGUCAUCGACCAGGGUGACGAUGGAGACAACUUUUAUGUCAUAGAGAGGGGUGUUUUUGACAUCGUGGUCUCAGGAAACUGUGUGGGUCAGUAUAACAACAAGGGCAGCUUUGGGGAGCUGGCACUCAUGUACAACACGCCACGUGCCGCUACAAUCGUAGCCACACAGGAGGGAGCACUAUGGGGCCUGGACCGUGCCACAUUUCGUAGACUCAUUGUAAAGAACAAUGCCAAGAAGAGGAGGAUGUACGAGUGUUUCAUUGAGUCUGUGCCGUUACUCAAGUCACUGGAGGUGACAGAAAGGAUGAAGUUAGUGGACGUAUUAGGAGCAAAGCAGUUCUCGGAUGGCGAGCGCAUCAUCACACAGGGAGACAAGGCUGACUGUUUCUACAUUGUAGAAUCUGGAGAAGUCAAGAUCAUGAUGAAGAGUAAAACAAAGGCAGACCACGCAGACAAUGCAGAGGUGGAGAUCACGCGCUGUAGCAGGGGUCAGUACUUCGGGGAGCUGGCCCUGGUCACUAACAAGCCCCGGGCCGCCUCAGCCUACGCAGUGGGAGACGUGAAGUGUUUGGUAAUAGACGUGCAGGCGUUUGAGCGCCUCCUGGGGUCCUGUAAAGAAAUCAUGAAGAGGAACAUCGCCCACUAUGAGGAACAGCUGGUGGCUCUGUUCGGGUCUAGCAUGGACCUGAGAGACUGAGCCUCCCACACCAUCCUCUGUGCCUUUUUUACACACACAGACACACAGACAUACACUGACACACGCAGACAUAUGUCCACUCCAACAUCAUAAAGUGGUUAUAUGGACUCACAAGCUUUACAUAUGGUGCAGAAGCAUGGGAUAGUGUACUUGGCUCAUCUGCAGGUACAUAAACCACACAACACUCGCCCUCGCUCACACACACACAAACACACACAUACAGGCACUGAGAUGCACACUCCACAAAGUCGGCUCAACCCCUGGGCAGACACUAGCUACUGAUUCCUGACUUUUGUUAGGUUAUAUUUAUACAUACACACAAACACACACACACACACACACACACACACGCAUAGACUAAAGCUAAAGGCCGCCCACCUUGUUGCUACAGCCAGCACCUCUCAGUAUGAAUGUCUUUGCUGCAGGUAAAGCAGUGUAAGGACAUGAAGCACACACACACACACACACACACACACACACAAACAAAUCACAUCAUCAUGCUCCAUGCGUGCAGGCUUUCCAUUCACAUGAGCCCUCGAACAACUGAGAGUUGUCCCGAGCCUCAGCCAAGGACACAUCAACAUGCAGGUGCACACACACUGGGCAUACAGAUGCUAGAAACACAGCCACACGUGCAGACACACACACACACACACACAUACACAUUGUGGAGAAAACAAACUUCGAAAGAUUUCUGAAAUGAAAAAUAAGUCAAAAAUGCAAAAAAAAGGAGAGUUUAAAGACAAAUAUGUUUUAGAAACAUUUUAUGAUGAUUAAAAACAGAAGCUUUGAUAAGAUAUUAUUUAAAUAAAAAGUGUUUCCUCUUUGGGAGGCUGAAGCGCAGAACUUUGUGAGCGCACUCCAUUUUCUUCCUCUACUAUUGUUGACUUGAGUUGAGUUGAGUUGAGUUAGUGCUGGUGAUUAUUGCAGUACCGCAGAGGACGCCGUGAAAACAACAAACCUACAUUUUCCGGGCCAUUGUUAUUCUGUCAAGACGCCACUUCAUUGUAUUGAAUUGAUUAUUACCGUAUUGAUAUUAUAUCUACAGUUUUCUUUCUUUGGUUUACUUUGACAAGUUCUGGAUAAAAUUCACUGUCUAUUUCUGACAAAGUGUAAAAACAAAACAAAAAAAAUAAAACAAUUAAAAAGUUAAUUCUCCUUGAUUAUCCCUGAAUGAGUUGUCCUGGAUUUAAAAAAAGAGUUAAAUAAAGUGAACAUUUUGGUAACAA